CAAAGAGCUCCGGCGUCUGAUUAAGCUCGGGCUGGCGUAGCACUUGCAUUGCUGCACUGCCGGACUAGCCACUGCACUGGAUGCUCGCUCGCGUCCGUUCGCUGGUGUGUGUCGGGUCGGUCGUUGCUCUUAGAGCUGCGCCCCGCCGAUCUCCAAAGCCUCGCGAGCAGCAGCGCAGUACAAAUUCCGCGGCGCCUUCGAAGCUGUGCACGGUUAAAAAUCGUGAAGCGCUGCGCUGUGCGUCGACGCGACGGGCUCUACCGCCGUGCGCCACGAUAUUUAGCCGGCGCGGCCGCGUCGGCGCGCCCGACUCACUCGUUGACGCCACCCACCCCUCUGUUCCGACUCACGCGGUGACACACACGCAGGCCCGUCGUCGCGCCUCUACCACGCCCUCGCCACCAUGGGCCACGGCGGCGCCCAAGGUGGUUCUGCAGCGGCCGCGCCGCCCGUCGAGAAGUUCCGCAAGGAUUAUGCUGCUCUACCUUACUCCAUCGAUUCCGUCGAUCUGGACUUUAACGUCCAGACCGACGAGACCCUCGUCACGUCCACUCUCAAAUUGACGCCGACAGGAGGCGGGCCUUUGGUAUUAGAUGGCGAGGACCUCCGCUUAGUGAGCGCGGAGGUCGACGGCAAAGAGCUGCCCAAGGACGCGUAUGAAUUGGGUGAGGAGACGUUCACGUUGCACAAACCGCCUUCCUCACCUUUCACGCUGAAGACCGUGGUCGGCAUCGAGCCGGCCAAAAACACGCAGCUGUCGGGCCUCUACGAAAGUUCGGGAAACCUCUGCACGCAGUGCGAGGCCGAGGGGUUUAGGAGAAUCACGUACUUCUACGACCGGCCCGACUGCAUGUCGGCCUUUACUUGUAGAGUGGAGGCCGACAAGAAGAAGUUUCCCAUUUUGUUGUCGAAUGGUAAUGAAGUGGGACGGGGCGAGUCUGGAGAUCGGCACUGGGCCUCGUUCGAGGACCCGUUCAAGAAGCCUUCUUACCUCUUCGCGCUGGUCGCGGGCGAUCUAGGCGGCAUCCAGGGCAAGUUCACCACCAAGUCCGGGAGAGAUGUCGACUUGAGGAUCUGGAGCGAGCACCGGAAUUGUGAUCAAUUAGAUUGGUCCCUCGAGUCGCUGAAGCGCGCGAUGAAGUGGGACGAGGAGACGUACGGGCUGGAGUACGAUUUGGACGUCUACCACGUCGUGGCCGUGGAAGAUUUCAACAUGGGUGCCAUGGAGAACAAGGGCCUGAACGUCUUCAACACGGCCUGCGUCUUGGCGGCGCCGCAGACGGCGACGGAUGGAGAUUAUGAUCGCGUGUUGGGCGUCGUCGCCCACGAGUACUUUCACAACUGGAGUGGGAACCGCGUGACCUGCCGGGACUGGUUCCAAUUAACGUUGAAGGAAGGGUUGACGGUCUACCGGGACCAGACCUUCACGGAAGAUCAGACCAGCCGAGCGGUGAAGCGCAUUGAUGAUGUAAGAGUUAUGAGAAGUGCCCAGUUCGCGCAGGACGCGGGGCCCAUGGCCCACCCCAUCCGACCGGAGUCGUACGUGGCCAUGGACAACUUUUAUACCGUGACUGUCUACAACAAGGGUGCCGAAGUUAUUAGGAUGUACGCUACGCUGCUGGGGUGGCCUGGCUUCCGCAAGGGUAUGGAUUUGUACUUUCAGAGACAUGAUGGGACCGCAGUCACGUGUGAUGAUUUUCGAAGUGCCAUGGCCGACGCUAAUAGUGUAGAUUUAACUCAAUUCGAGCGGUGGUACACGCAGGCCGGCACGCCUACUGUUACCUUAUCAGACAAGAAGAUUGAUGGUGAAACGUUCUCACUGACACUAUCGCAGUCGUGCGCCGACACGCCGAAUCAACCUGCCUCGGAGAAGCAACCGUUCCACAUCCCCGUGAGCUGUGCUUUGUUUGAUAAAAAAACGGGCAAGAAGGUCGACGAGCAGUUGUUUGAACUAAGAGAAGCUUCCCAGACAUUCAGCUUCUCUGGUACAGUGACGGGAUCGCCCGACGACUACGUCGUGUCGUUAUUGCGAGGAUUUUCAGCUCCUGUGACGGCUAAACAAGAAUUGACGCAGGAUGAACUGUUAUUUUUAGCGUCGAACGACGACGAUUCCUUGAACCGCUGGGACGCCGCCCAACAGAUUUAUACGAGGGCUAUUCUAGACGAGUUCACCGGUGAUGCUGGGAAGGGCGAUUCCCUUGACGCGGCCGUCGCGACGUUCCGAGCUGCUCUCAACGACAAGAGCGGCGAUCCCUCAUUAAGAGCUUUGAAUCUGGCCGUGCCCGGCUUCUCGGAGCUCGGCCUGAAGCUCGACGACGGCUUCGACCCCGUCAAGUUAUGUGAAGCUUUGUCUAGUGUCAAGAAGGCGCUUGCCAGGGCCUGUUCCACGGAAUUGAAGGAGGUCUACGCUUCCUUAUAUUCGGACGCGCCCUAUGACGUCGAAGCGGCGUCCGUCGGCCGCAGGAGACUGAGAAACGCGUGUCUCGCGAAUCUCGCGCGGGCCGGCGGCUUCGAGCAGCAGUCCGUAAAACAUUAUGAAGACGCCCAGUGCAUGACGGACCAGCUCGCGGCCGCCGUGGCGUUGGCGGGCGAAGCUACAAAAGAGCGGGAAGAAGUGCUGGGCAAGUUCUACGAGAGCGCUGGAAAUGAAUUAGUCGUCAACAAGUGGUUCGCGCUGCAAGCUUCCGCCGACGCCGACGACGCCCUUGAGACGGUCAAGAAGCUCGUGGCGCACGAGGCCUUCAGCCGCACGAACCCGAACCGUUAUAGAGCCGUGGUCAAUACGUUCGCGGGCGCCAAUCCUAGAGCGUUCCACGCGGCGGACGGCUCGGGCUACGCCUUCAUCCGCGACGAGGUCAUCCAGACGGACAAGACCAAUAAUCAAGUGGCGGCGCGCCUCUGCGGGUCGUUCGGCACGUGGAAGAAGUACGACGCGAAGCGCGGCGGGCUCAUGAAGGCGUGCCUCGAGGAGAUCGUCAAGACCGAGGGCCUGUCGAAGGACACGUUCGAGAUCGCGACGCGGUCGCUCAAGUAGGUCCACACGCUGGGGGGUUAUAUAUAUAUAGUAUUCUUUACGCACGUCGUCUACUAUUUUUCGCCCGCCGU